UGCCAACUUCACUCAGAGCUAUUUGCCGCUUUACAUUGCAGCUUAGCCAUGGUUAUGAGAGUGAGAGAAGACGAAGGCCAUUAAGUCGUUUUCUUCUUCUUGCGACACUCAAAAACCAUGCAUUCACUCUACGUCGCCACAUUCUCUCCAGUCAGCACUUUCCGCAAACCCACCACUCUUCUAUCUUCCAAUUACGAUUCAGUUCGCCACUCUCUCUCCACCAAGGCCUCCAUUGAAAAACCGAAACCCACCUCCAACAACACAUCUAAAUCCGCUUCAUGGGUUAGUCCGGAUUGGCUGACUUCCCUCGCUCGCUCGCUCACAGCUCAGAACGACGAUUCGGGAAUACCAAUUGCAAGCGCCAAGCUCGAGGACGUGUCUGAUCUUCUCGGUGGUGCUCUGUUCCUUCCGUUGUACAAAUGGAUGAACGAAUAUGGACCCGUUUAUCGGCUUGCCGCGGGUCCCCGGAAUUUUGUGGUGGUGAGUGACCCGGCAAUUGCGAAGCAUGUGUUGAGGAAUUAUGGCAAGUAUGCGAAAGGGCUCGUUGCUGAGGUCUCCGAAUUUCUCUUCGGAUCGGGUUUUGCCAUCGCCGAGGGUCCGCUUUGGACGGCAAGGCGGAGGGCUGUGGUUCCAUCUCUGCAUAAGAGGUACUUGUCUGUGAUUGUGGAUAGAGUGUUCUGCAAAUGUGCGGAGAGGUUGGUGGAGAAGCUGCAACCUUAUGCGCUUAAUGGCACUGCUGUAAACAUGGAAGAAAGUUUCUCUCAGUUAACUCUCGACGUUAUUGGUUUAUCAGUGUUUAAUUACAACUUCGAUGCUCUAACUGCUGAUAGCCCUGUUAUUGAUGCUGUUUACACUGCAUUGAAAGAGGCAGAGGCUCGCUCCACGGAUCUUUUACCCUAUUGGAAGAUCAAACCUUUGUGUAAGAUAAUCCCCAGACAAAUAAAAGCUGAAGAAGCUGUGACUGUCAUUCGGAAAACUGUUGAGGAGCUAAUAGCAAAAUGCAAAGAGAUUGUGGAAAAUGAAGGUGAAAGGGUUGAUGAUGACGAGUACGUAAAUGACUCGGAUCCAAGUAUCCUUCGGUUCUUGCUUGCAAGCAGAGAAGAGGUCUCAAGUGUACAAUUAAGAGAUGACCUUUUAUCAAUGCUAGUUGCUGGUCAUGAGACCACGGGUUCAGCUUUGACUUGGACACUAUAUCUUCUGAGCAAGGAUUCCUCGUCAUUGAUAAAAGCUCAGGAAGAAGUUGACAGAGUCUUGCAGGGAAGGCUUCCCAGCUAUGAAGACGUAAAGGAGCUGAAGUUUUUGACACGUUGCAUUAUGGAGUCCUUGCGUCUAUAUCCACAUCCUCCUGUCCUGAUAAGAAGAGCCCAAGUUGAUGAUGUGUUUCCUGGAGGUUAUAAGGUUAAUGCUGGUCAGGAUAUAAUGAUUUCAGUAUAUAACAUACAUCAUUCAUCACAGGUCUGGGAAAGAGCAGACGAUUUUAUACCGGAAAGAUUCCACUUAGAAAGUCCAGUGCCCAAUGAAACAAAUACAGAUUUUAGAUUCAUUCCAUUCAGUGGAGGACCUCGGAAGUGCGUAGGUGAUCAAUUUGCUUUACUGGAAGCCAUUGUUGGGCUUGCAGUUUUUGUCCAGCGGCUGAACUUUGAACUGGUUCCUGAUCAGAAUAUUGGAAUGACUACUGGAGCUACAAUUCAUACGACUAAUGGCUUGUACAUGAAGCUGAGCCAACGACAAAAAAAAAUGUCGUGAGCUUCAUCUUCCUUUCUUGGUAAGUUGGAAAUUUGUAUAUAAAUUGUUGGACAUUAUUUGUUACUGAACAAUGCUCUGAUUCUUCUACUCUCCCAUUGGAAGAGCAUACAAGAAUUCUUUACAUUUCCCCCCAACGAAAUGUAAUAUGUAAUCAUCUGAAUUAAUCAUAUCCGAACUCCAGUCCAAAAAUAGUUAGAAAUACUUGUUGCCUGACCUAGUCGCACAAAUUGAUGUCGUUAUUGUGACGGCGUGCAAUUACAGUGAGUUCUCUUCGAGUUAACUCCUCAUCUUUCUCUUCCCCUUGAAGCAAAACUGUAAAUUACCCUUAUUGUUUUGUCACUACCGAAGUUGUAAGUUUAAUUUACCAAUUAGAGGGGCAAAAUCCCCAUAGAUUGAUCUUGAAA